AUGGUGAAGUCCAAACGAAGAGGAAAGAAAGACAGUAGUCCGCGGAGAAGAUCCAGCAACAAGACAGCGGCUAAGAGUGAAGUCGACUAUGCCUGCGAACCCAUAGACUACGAAGCCACCUUGACCGAAUGGGUAAAGGACCGGAUCGUCAAUCCCCAGUAUCGGGUGACUGAGCUUCAUGUGCUAUCCUUCAAGAUGAUAGCCGUGGCCAAAGAGGCCGCCAGGGUAUUCGAGAUCGGCGGAAGGGCCAAGAUUGAAGAGAUCGUGCAGAAAGGUUUGCACGAGGAAGCCGCAAGCGUAUUGCGCUCAAGUCGUGAUCCACUCCCACGGCUGAAGCGACUGCUCGCGUUCCUGAGCAUGCAAGACGUACCACUCUAUGAUGAUCUCGUGGACGAGACAUCAGAAGUGGUGCAAGCCGUCCAGUACUACAAUGUACGGAUACACCCACAAUACAAGGCAUCCCAAGAACUGGCACCCAACCCCGCCCUCGACAAGACACGAUGCUCGGACAUGACUAUCACUACGAUUCUCAUGUUCAUGUGCUUAGAGCUCCAAAACCCCACCUUUGCGGAUGGACGUUCACAUGUGAAUGCCAUGAAGCGGAUAGUUGACCUCAGAGGUGGACCCAAGCAGGUCAUGAAGCAAGCCCCGUACCUGAUCCCGUCGAUGGUGCUCUACCUACUUCCGUCAUGGGACCAAGUCGACAUCAGCAACACUGCGGAGGAAAUGACCAAAGAUAUAACCGACGUGUACAGUCUCAUCUUCCCGUACACGCUCUGUCCGCGAGAACUCUUCACUGAGAUAUUGCGGACGAACCAGCUACGCGCAAAAGCAUCUGCAGCAAUACAACUGUGUGAUUUCAACCCGAAUUAUGCACUCGAAGCUUAUGGCGUCCUCGGCCGCAUCGAGGCCUUCUCAGUCGAGGACUGGGCGCGAGCUGGCACCUUCUGUACCGAAUGGCUGACUGUUGGCCUGGUGUACAAAUCCGCCGUCGCGCUCUACGCCACCUUGUCCCUUUGCCCACUCAUGGUCCUCCCGAUGACGCCUUCACUGCUCGAGAACCAAACAGCUUACGGUGACGUCCUGCUCAGCAACCUCGACACUGCACUCAAGGCCCCGCGUAUGGCUAAGUUUAUGGUCUGGCCGCUGAUCGUCGCGGGUGUAGAAGCUAUGCAUCGCGGGGAAGGGACGCGCAACUGGAUCGAAGCGGGCUUGGAGGAUCUGAGUAGGACGCUGGGGACGAGUUGCCCACUCAAAGUAUGUUCGGUGCUGAAGAGAUACUGGAAGGGCGGGGUUGCCGGGUGGGACGAGUGCUUCGAUCAAUCGUAUGUGUUUGCAAUCUAG